GCCAUGGAUGCCGGGUGCUGGGUGGUCGGCGGCGAGUUCGAGGACUCGGUGUUUGAGGAGAGGGCAGAGCGGCGGCGCGGGCCGCCCGCGCCCUACGUCGCCAAGCGCUGCGAGCCGCAGUGGUUUCAUGAAGAAACAGAGAAGAGUGAUGAUGAAGUUCUGACUCUCAAGAAGUUCCGCGGGGACCUGGCCUACCGACGGCAGGACUAUCAGAAAGCACUGCAGGAGUAUUCUAGUAUUGCGGAACGAUUGUCCUCUACCAAUCUUGCUGUGAAAAGGGACGUCCAGGAAGGCCAGGCACGGUGUCUGGCUCACUUGGGAAGGCAUGGGGAGGCACUGGAGAUCGCUGCGGAUUUGGAAAAUAAAGCAACUAACACAGACCACUUAACCACGGUGCUCUACCUCCAGUUUGCUAUUUGUUCAAGUUUACAGAAUUUGGAGAAAACAAUUUUUUGCCUACAGAAACUGAUUUCUUUGCAUCCUUUUAAUCCUUGGAGCUGGGGGAAAUUGGCUGAGACUUACCUGAAUCUGAGGCCAGCAUUUUCAGCGUCAUUUACGUCAUCUCGCACACAGAACCGUUUCAUCUUACAGGGCGUAACUGUCACGCCUGCCUUCUCAGGAAAAGACCAUUUGCCUUAUUUUCCUGAGCCCGGGCCUGAGAGCUCAGCAUCUCCCAGGGAAGUGAGUGGCAGCGGGAGCCAGCAAGCUGAGAUCACACCUAGAAAUGGUCCCACCUGCGCAGCAGGAGGGGGAGCAGCCGGGUGGACAGAGGCUCAGGUGAAAGCCUGUGCCUCUUUGAUCCGAGCCAGGCUCUUGCUUCAGUUCACCCAGUCGCAGCAGAUCUCCUUCGCUUUGGAGAGGAACCUGAGGACCCAGCAAGAGAUUGAAGAGCAGCUAAAAGGAUUCAGCCUUGGGGAGGACACCCUGCAGUUGAUCACGGAGGUUAUGGGAGAAGAUAUUAUCCCAGAAAAAAUAAAAGAUGAACUUCACUCAGAGGUCAAGUGUGUGGGUCCCGAGGCCCUGGCUGCCUUGGUGCCGGCGACCUUGAAAGAAUUUGAAGACAAGUGGUUUGGAAAGAUCAAGAACCAUCUCUGUCCUUCGGAAAAUCAGUUGCACACACAAAUACAGAUCGUGGCUUAGCAGCAAAACCAUCCUCCAUUGUAAAAUUGUUCUUGUUUCCUGUUUACUUCAGAUAGGAUCUAUUGCUUAAUCAUGGAAAACAGCGAAUUAAAGUUGAGUACUUAUGUUUUAUUUUUUUAA